AUGGAAACACGAAGAGAUGAUCUUGAUCAGGAUACCACUCAAUGGGGUGAUCACUUCCUCAGUGUUCCCAUCAAUGACUCGGAUUUUGAUGUUCUUGCAAGAGAGAUUGAGGUACUAAAGCCUAUAGUGAGAGAUGACAUAUUCACUUUGUCUUCCUAUGCAAUAAAGAAGAAGAUACUUUCGAUUCAUUUGCUGAUCAGCCUUGGUCUCUCUUACCAUUUUCAGAACGAGAUUGAAGAGACCUUGAAACAUGCUUUUGAAAGGAUAGAUGAGUUGGUCACUGAUGAAACUGAUUUGUACACAAUCUCAAUCAUGUUUCGAGUUCUUAGAACAUACGGUCACAACAUGUUGUCAGAUGUUUUCAGCAGAUUUAAAGAAAACAACGGCAAGUUCAAGGAAUGUUUAAUCAAAGAUGUUAAAGGUAUGUUAAGCUUCUAUGAAGCUGUGCAUUUUGGGACAACGAAUGAUCAUAUAUUGGAUGAAGCGUCGAGCUUCACACUAGAACACUUGGAGCCAUUAGCUAUGUGUCAAAGAGCGAUCCCACCAAAUAUGUUAAAGCUUAUACAAAAAGCUCUUCAUAUACCUCAGCACCGGAACAGCCAAGCCCUAGUUGCAAGAGAGUAUAUAUCUUUCUACGAAAACGAAGAGGACCGCGAUGAAACACUGCUCAAACUAGCUAAGCUCAAUUUCAAGUUCUUUCAGCUUCAUUAUUUCCAAGAAUUAAAACUUAUCACCAUGUGGUGGAGAGAACUAAGCAUUACGUUAAACCUCCCACGUAACAUCAAAGAAAGAACCGUCGAGAGUUGGUUCGCGGCCUUGGUGAUCAACUUUGAGCCACAGUUUUCACUAGGCAGGAUUAUGUCAGCUAAGUUAUACUUACUAAUCACUUUUUUAGAUGAUGCUUGCGAUAUACAUGGUUCAAUUCCUGAAGUUGCAAGCCUUGUUAAUUGUAUUGAAAGAUGGGAACCAGAUUACAUGGAAAAUCUUCAAGGUCACAUGAAGAGUUCCUUCCAAUUUGUGAUGUACGUUUUUAAAGAGUAUGAAGAAAUAUUAAGGUCACAAGAAAGAUCAUUUAUGUUGGACAAGAUGAUAGAAGAGGUGGUUAUUUACACUAACCCUAAUGAUUCAUAA